AUGAGCAGUUCCGAGUCUUCUGCGCCCGACGAUAAUUCCGACUCCGACCCCGAGUUUAUUGUCGAUGAACAGCCAGAUCGCGUGCAUGGGCGACGCUCUUCUUCGCGCGCAGAGGCGUUAACGAUCUCGUCAGAUGAAGAGAUCAAAUAUGGUAUCUUGUCAGAUUCGGACUCAGACGCCUCGCAUAACCAGUUUGAAACGCUUCAUGAUCGCAUCAAGCAUGUACCUCCAAACGUCCUCGACGCCUACACUUCGCUCGUGACAGAAAUCGAACAAGACAUCACAUUUUCAGCUAUCAAAGAGAGCGAUGAGAUUCAUAAUGUUCAUCAAAACGGGGCGGUGGUCUGGACUGCCUCGGAGAAAGAAAUUCUAUACAAUGUCCUCGACAGAAAGGGCAAGAAUGGCAUAAAAGAGAUUUCGACUGCAAUUGGAACCAAGUCGGAACUCGAAGUGAUGGAUCAUCUCCGGCUCCUCCACCGCGGUGUAGAGAGCCAGAAUCUUCUAGAGCGUCACGUCAGGACUAUUGUCAUGGGCGAUGUGCCCGCAGCCGCUGAGAUAAGCAAGGAGUGCUGCGCCGAGUUGGACGAAUAUGCCGGUGUCCUGAGGGCAAAGGAGGAACUUGCUGCUGCACCUGUUGCCCGAAUGCGAUAUGGCGAUAAUUGGAUUGUCACCGGCGCCCAGGCUCAACAACUGCUAGAGGCUGAGAUGGAUGUCCCCAUGCGGGGCAGCAUCCACCUUGCUGCCAACCUGUUCAAUGUCCCAACAUGGAUUGAGCUUGAGCAGCGGUUUUUUAUGAACUUUGGUGGUUCACAAGAAGCAGAUAACUGGGUGAAUAUCGUCCAGUCCAAAGACGAGUCGCCUUCCAUCAGUGGCGACGCGCUCAUGGACUUUUACGCUCUGACCGUCAGCAUCACACGUCGCCUAAUUCAAUCAGCUCAGUUUAUCGCAAUGGCUAGGCUACGUAGCAUGCGUCGAAAUGGCCGUGAAAGGUCCAAUGCGGUCCGCAGGAAAGAUGUCAAGGCCGCCAUCAAUGUGCUGAAUAUGAAACCCAAUCGAUCCGAUUUCCUGCUCAGACUUGCUCGUCGGAAUGAUCUUGUUAUCGAAGACAGACGCAAAAGAAAGGGCUGGAAAACCCGAACUUUCGAUCAUGAUGAAGCGGAGAGGAUCCUCAACGGGGAGGACGAUUACUUCCAGCGCGUCAACAACACCGCUCUCCCUAAUAGAGUGGGUGACGCUGAGGACAACGAUGACGAUGAGGAUGAAUCUGAUGGGGAAGAGUCCCGCCAACAUUCGAGGAUGACAUCUCAGCAAUCAUCUGAACUUUCGUCCCCGUUUGUAUCAUCAGACGAAGAGGUUCCCUUUGACUCGGAAGAAGAGCACGCCAACACCCUGGACCAAGACUAUAGUCGUCGUGAAGAACUCAAUCUUUGGCAGCUGCUAGAAAAGCCCGCGCCGCCUACCCUCGAAGCUACGGUGGCAGCGGAAGAAAACGACAUAAACGCUUCACGCAAACCCACUGCUGAACGAAAGCUUCCGGAGGAUAUGGCCGAGUGGCGCGACCGCAUCCUGUACCGCAGCGAGUGGGAAGAAUACGGGUAUGACGUCGGAGAGCUAGAAAAUGCUCUGGUUGGGAACCGGCGAAAAAGACGCCGCAUUGAGGAAGAAGCCCCAAUGCCGCUGUCUGCUUCAGUGGUCAACAGCGAAGAUGAUGCGGAAGCUGACGUGGCAGAUGUUGCGGCAGAUGAAGCGGAGGAAGAGUCACCGCCACAGCUUGGUGCAGAGAAAAACACGCGUGUUGAACCUCCGAAGUACGGCACAGCAGGCUGGGAUGCGUUCUUGCAGUCAUUCCUGACGCAAACAUCUCAAUACACGCAAGGAACACCAAGUACCACGACGAAUCAGCCACAAUAG